GUUCAACGAGCCUUCGGUUUGAUGGCUAUGGAUUAGGUUGACUCGAAUGUGCACUUGAAUGAUAAAGGAGUAAACGCACCAGGUAACGAGAUAUGCAUAAUGCGUUGACAGAACAUUGCAGUGAACUGCAAAGCAGACCAACAGCGGCUCAUGCGAGUUCUCAUGAUGUCAUAGCCGAGAGAUAGCCCCAUCCUGGUUUGGCAAACGGAACGCACAAGCCCAGGCCCCGUAAACAGAAAGAUCUCACAAACUCACCGAGGGCUAUCGUCACAACCAUCACCAUGGCGUACCGCGCUUUCAACUUCAUCGUCAGCGGCAAGGUGCAAGGCGUGUUCUACAGAGCCUUUGCCAAGGAUGUGGCCCACGACACAGGCGUCGUAGGUUGGGUGGCCAACGAUACGACGGGACAUGUCGUUGGAGAAGCUCAGGGCAGCGAAGGCGCCCUGGACAGAUUCAAGAAGGUCCUGCACACCGGUCCACCGCGCGCCGACGUGAAGGGUGUGGAGAUAUCAAACGAACGUACUCUCGACCAACUGGAAUACGACGUCUUCGAAGUUCGACGGUGAUAGACUUUCCAGGGGACGUGCUCACUGAAUGUACCAUGAUGCGAUGUGUACGAUGUGUGAAAAUGUAGCAUGGAGGCUCACUGUGUGCUUAAAACUCAAGUCUGGCAAUCCAUGAUGGGACGCAAUGGUAUGCGAGCAAUAUGAGCUUCGUCUACAACGCACUGGCCUGUGCAAAAUGUUGAUGAGGUCCCCGCGCGACGAGCUGUGGCAAGAAUAGCAAGGAUACUCCGUCGGCCUCAAAGAAUAGUCAUCGAGACUGCAAACAGCGACAGCAACCGACUCGGAUUUC